AUGGGAAGUUUAGAUAGGAUAAUGAAAAGCCAAAAUCAGAUGGUCAUUCAAGUUGCAGUUUUAUCAAUUUGUUACUCUCCUAAUGGAAAUACAUUUGCAUCUGGUAGUCAUGAUAAGUCUAUCUGUUUAUGGGAUGUUAAGCCAGGAAAAUUAAAAGCCAAAUUAGAUUGUCAGACAAAUGCAGUUACUUCAAUUUGUUACUCUCCUAAUGGAAAUACAUUAGUAUCUGGUAGUAAAGAUAAGUCUAUUAGUUUUAUGGGAUGUUAAGACAGGAAAAUUAAAAGUCAAUGA